GUCUCCCCCAGGAAGCAACUGCUCCAUGAAUCCUGGAUACCCAUAAUCUCACAGAGAAGGACAGAGUGAGCUGUAACAAUGGCCGCCUCUGCACAUGUCGACUUUGCAAUAACUCAGCCCGGUGUUUUCUUCUCUCCCUCCUCUUCUUCAAGUUCCAAGUUCCACAAGCCAUUUUCCUCCUCCUCCACCUUUGCUCUUAUCCCCAACAAUUGCACCUUCUCUCUCCAUUCCAAUCGAACCCUUCUCCACUCUGGUUACAGGAAGCUGUCGUUGCCUAAAACCCGCAAUUUCCCGGUUGUUGGAUCAGCUAAGGCUGAGCCAGAGCUAUUGAAGGUAAUGAUAUCAGGGGCUCCAGCAUCUGGUAAAGGUACACAAUGUGAGCUCAUCACUAAAAAAUAUGAUUUGGUGCAUAUUGCUGCUGGAGAUUUGCUGAGAGCUGAAGUUGCUGCAGGAAGUGAAAAUGGGAAGCGAGCAAAGGAAUACAUGGAGAAAGGACAGUUGGUGCCAGAUGAAAUAGUUGUCGAGAUGGUGAAGGAUCGUCUUUUACAGCCAGAUUCCCUAGAAAAUGGCUGGCUUUUAGAUGGAUAUCCAAGGAGCUCAUCACAAGCAGCAGCUCUUCAGGAGUUUGGAUUCCAGCCAGACAUUUUCAUUUUAUUAGAGGUUCCUGAGGAGGUUCUUGUUGAGAGAGUGGUAAGACGUAGGCUAGAUCCUGUUACAGGUAAGAUAUACCACUUGAAGUAUUCACCUCCCGAGACUGAAGAAAUUGCGGCCAGGCUUACCCAACGUUUUGAUGAUACUGAAGAAAAGGUGAAAUUGCGGCUGCAAACCCAUCACAAAAAUGUAGAGGCUGUACUUUCUACAUAUGAAGCUAUUACCAUCAAGGUUAAUGGAAAUGUCUCCAAGGAGGACGUGUUUGCCCAAAUUGACACUGCACUAACAAAACUACUUGAGCAAAAGUAGGCCAAUCUGGGAUCUUUGGCUUCUUAAAUCUAGAAUAAUGGAGAAAAGAGGGCCUCAUCAGCAAUAUGCAACAAAUACGGCACAGUGCUAGCCAAGAUACAGGAUGAAUUUGUUUUUUUGUUUAUUUUCAUAAAAUUAUACCACUUAGUUUGACAAUGAAGAGUGCCAUUUGUUACAUUCACUUGUUUGCUCUUCUGAUAUCAUGUCAAUUUGUUUAUUAAACUAUUAAACUACUUUUAGGUGAAAUUCCAAUAUUUCGAAUUGUCAAACACAGGUUUACUGUUUACCUUAAAAUAUUUGCUCCCUCCAGAGUGGAAGACUGUGACAGGGAAAAUGUACAGAACACUGCCCUUGCUGGUUUGAUGCAUUCAUCCCACUCUCACAAUUUCAUCAUGUAAUAGCCAAUUAAUUUUACUUUUUUGU